AUGGCGCACCGCCGGCUGCGGCCCGCACGGCUCUCCGAACAGCUGGACGCGCUGCAGCUGCUCGCCUACCCCCUGUCCGUGUCGCCAGAGCUGCACCUCAACGCAGAACUCGAGCCGGAGCUUGGCGUGGAACACUUGGCUGAUUUACGAUACCCAGACGGCGAUCCUCCAUGUCACUUUUGCUGCCAGCAAACCAGCACAUCCAUUCACGAUGAGAAUCGUCUCAAGAUAGUUAGCGGUGGUUUGGUUCGUAGCAGAGACGGAAGUCGAGAUGACACAGGGACCCAUUACAUGAACUUACCAUCUCCAAACGUCCAACACGAAGGCAACCAGGAGACGGUGUUCCACAGCGUGCCGCGCGGGGAGAGCCAGAGCGAGCUGCAGCAGGCCCAGGCGCGGCUCGAGGCGGCCAGCGAGGCGGAGCGCUCGGCGCAGGCCGGCGGCGGCGGCGAGGACGACCAGGAGCAGGAGCAGCCGCCGCCCGCCUCCGCGCUGACGCGCCGCCGAGCGCUCGUGCCGCCCAAGCUCAUCACCGACUCCGUCGACGACCGCCGCCUGUCCGCGGGUUCAGACAACUCUCAGCGAACUCGCCGCAGCUCCAUCGUGGUCAUCCCCCCAAUGCAGAUCUGCCCAGGCGAUCUCCUGGUGUACAGCAAAGUACUCACCAAUCGUAACAAUCUCUUGGAUAUUGAUGGUUCAACGACAAGUCUUGCUGUAUCUGACACAGGCACUGAUAGUAAGAGAAGACCGUGGUCAAUGAAUAUUCCACAGUCCUGGCUGCUUCACGGAUCAGCUGAGGAUAUCAAUCGGCCCGAAUUUCCAAGCGGAUCUUUGCGAAGACAAAAGCGUAUACGCUACCGAUCGGCGACUACACUUGAUGGGGUGAACUCCAGAAAAGGAAAGAACACAUGGUCACUUUUAAGAUUAUUCGAGCGAUCUAGCCGAGGCAAGUCCGGAAGCAUCUGCGGGCUGGAAGAGGUUCUGAACUGCCUGCAGCGGAUAGAUUUCGAUGACGAGCAACUGUCACGGUUCCGCGGAAUGUGCUGGAGCGAGUUCGUGCAGUACUGCGAGAAGAAGGAGAAGGCGGGCAGCGGCAGCGGCAGCGGCAGCACGCGCGCAGAGUGA